UUGGACAUUUCUGUGGCGGUUAAACUUUGUUCGCCUUGGAAUCCCCUGGCUGUUGGCCGAACCAUUUUGGAUACUUGCUUGCCCAUCUCCUCUGAUAUUUCUGAAAGCACAGGACAAUUAAAGCCUGCCAACAGUUCUAGCAGAUUUGGUCAUAGUGGUCAAGAGCAGGCCAGACAAGGUGGUGAUGGAGCCAAUCUGAACGAUGCUUUAGUCCUUUAUCGACAAGAAAAGCGACGCUGGGAGCUGAGUCCAAUGGAAGCCAGUUGUAUGGCUUAUCAAGAGCUACGUGCCGAACUCAACGUUCUCCUCCGCCUUUUUCCUGUCUCUAUAUGCUGGCACCACUUACUCGAUGCAAUUAGCCCUUUCCUCGGAUCAGCCUCUUGUGAUACCCCCAAUUGUGGUACUAAGCAGGUUAAACCCGGCUUUGCCUCCAAUCUCUUGGAUUUUACUUAUGUCAGAAAUUCUGCAAAAACGACCUGUGUAGGGUUGAUGAAGCAAGAAUGUCAGUCCCGACAAACUUCCCAUGAGCUGGCAGAUACCUUAGUCCCUCUGCAUCACCUUGUCUUUUGCUUCGGUGUACUCGGUCCAAAACCACUCGCUUUUUUUAUGCCACUGGCGCACUGGGGGACCUUAACGGAAUGCCUGCAGGCUGUCAGACAGGCUACCAUUUUGGAGCGGAGAGACUUCGACCUAACUGCUCCAUCAGUUUCUAGCCUGACAAACGCUAACCAAGCUGGGACUUUCGAGGAGCCAAGAUGCCCCUGUCGAAGAGCUCUAAGCUGGCAUCCCAUACAUCCGGUUACGAUAGGCCUCAUUGUGAACCAGGUCGCCUCAGCUUUGGCCUACCUUCACCAUUUGUGUAUCAUCCAUCGAGAUCUCAAGCCUGACAACUUACUCGUAUGGCAGUUUCCUCCUCCCUCGCCUCGAUUGCCUCUCGAGGCCGACUACUCUCCUAUGAAUCGCCAAGUCAACCAGCAACAGAGCCUAGACACUAGAUUCGAUCCCCUCAAGGUGCAUCUUGUGCUAACGGAUUAUGGCGUCAGUCGAAGUAGAGGUGGUUUCGACGGUUGCCGAGGCUAUGUGGGUACCGUUGGCUAUAUAGCCCCAGAGAUUUUGUUGUCUGGAGGUGCCGAAACUUACACGGAAAAGGUGGACAUCUAUUCCCUUAGCAUGCUAAUGUGUGAAAUCAUCAAACUCGGCCCUCCCUACGAUGCUCAAGCUAAUGUCCAAUUCAACCUGGGGCAUAAAGUCAUUUCUGGAUUUAGGCCUGAACUAUCCGACUCGGUCAGUUCUCUGUUCACAUCGCUUUAUUUGAUGUGA